AUGGAGUCCAGAUGGCGAAGGCGUUGUGUCGACUCAGCCGUUUUGGCGAUAAUCCUUCUGGCUGGUCUGAGUAAUGGUGAUAAUUGUACAUCGCCGAGUGGCUUCACCAUUGAAUCCCAAGCCGCCGCAGACGCGUUAAACAACUGUAGCACCAUCACUGGAGAUGUCAACAUCCAGGGCAACGACCUGACACAGAUCACCCUGAAUGGCAUCGAAAAAAUCCAUGGCAACCUUGCCGCCUCAUCCUGUGAUGGAUUGCAGACCAUCUCGGCCCCAGCCCUAUCAAAAAUCUCCUCCAACUUCACCCUCUCUAGCCUCCCACUUCUCGCGAGCCUCAACUUUCCUUUCCUAGAUAACGUCAAUGGGGGAAUAUACUGGGAUACACUGUCGGAGCUUACGGAUGUUUCGUUUGGGAACUUGACGGCGCCUUCACAUGAAUUACCAGGGACGAAUGUGGAUGGGGAUAUUUCAAUAUCAAACACGGGUAUAUCCAGCCUUGCAUUCCUCAAUUUUACACACUAUUCCAAUCCGGCCACAAUCUCGAUCAAAGGCAAUCAACGACUCAGUAAUGUCAAUCUUACUGGCCUCUCCUGGGGCAGCAAUUCGUUGGCAAUUGUCAACAAUGGACUAUCGGCACAGAUCUUUCUUCCGGACUUGAGAUCUGUUGGCGCUAUCACAAUCGGCAAUGCUGGCCACAUCUACAUCCCAUCUCUCUCCGAAACACUCGCGAGUAUGGAGAUGUCCAAUAAUACGUUCAAUGUCUUCUCAGCGCCGAACCUCACGAAUAUUGGUGGGAGCCUCAUUGUCCGUAACAACGAUCUUCUGGAUGAUCUUAGUAUCCCACUUUUGACCUCUGCGAAAGGGGGCAUCACAGUUGCGAAUAACGCAGCCCUCCAUAUGAUCAACGAUUUGGGUCAGCUAUGGUUCUGCCAAGGGAACAUAACCCUUUCAGGCUAUUUUUCAAACGUCACAUUACCAAGUCUCCGUAACAUCAUCGGGGGCUUUCAUCUCAACAGCUCGAAUCCGGACUUCGACUGCACUACCUUCGACAAGCUAUCUGAUCGAAGCAGUUGGUCCUCUUCCUUCUAUUCAUGCGGUGCCUACCUCCCAGGCUCAACCAAGGAUCUAGCAAAACACUACCAAGCUCCCGACCGUGAUCUCGAACUCUCGAAACCCGUCAGAGCUAUUAUCAUUAUUCUAUCCGUUAUUGCGGGACUAUUUCUAUGUGCUCUUUUGAUGCGAUUAUAUGUGAAGAAGACGAGGGGUAGACGAGGGAGUCUGACUAGGAGUGGGAGUCGGACUGUAGCAGGAAUUGGGGCGGAAGGGGAUAUGGAUCUUGAGGAAUUGGGAGUUACGAGGUCGGUUGAGGGAGAUGGGUUGCCGAAAUAUCGGAGAGUUGGGAGGCCAGGGGAGGUCCCGCCGGGAUAUACUCCAAGUAAGAAUGUGGGUGCAAAUCAGGUGGAGACUGGGAAUGUGAAUACGGAAACGUUGAACACUGCUCGGGUAGAAGCUAGGAGAAGAUGGAUAUUUUGGUAG